GAGCAAGAUGAAGAGCUGUGCAUUGUGAAGGAUGCCCUUAGGCGGGGUCUUUUCAUCAGACCGACCUCUCCAUCCCUAGCAGAGUAUGCAAAGAUUAGUCAUGAGCUGAGACUAGUCAACAAUCAUGUUUACUGGGCUGGAAACCCACGUAAACUACUACUGGUUAUCCCUACGGCUUGUUUGGAAGAGCUUAUCAAUAAAGCUCAUGCUAUUGGGCAUACUAAUACUCAGGCUACGGUAGAAACACUCCGCAAAAUAUGUUAUCUUCUAUGGAUGUGGAGACGUACUUACGAGGUGGUUGCUAAGUGCCCAGGGUGCGUCCGUAAUCAAGUUCCUGAUCCAGUCCUACCCAUGCAGCAAGUGAGUCGAGCUACAGCUCCAUGGCAAGUACUGCAUAUUGAUAUCGUCUCCUAUGGCCCGAUACAUUUUUUGACAAUCAUCGAUGCCUUCAGUAAGUUUUUGGUAUGGGAAAAAUCUUCCCUCUAUGACGUCGUACUGGGUGGCUUCGAUGUUGAUGCGGUGCUUUAUUAA